CAUUUCAUGGUUAGCAGUAUGAAGUGGCGUAACGUUAGAUAGCCGGUUUAUGAGUUUAUCCGAAGAAAAAAAAAAGAAAAAUUGAUGCUCGCCAGUCGCCACCAACACAUAACACUUGGCGAUUUAUUGUGUUGUUAAAGAAGGAAGAAGAAGCAGAGGAGCUAACUCUAUCAUCCGAAACUACAAUUCGCCGUUUGGGUAUCUCUAGAAUGGCCGAAAACUGCAAAGAAUUGCUAAGAGACACGCUGUUGCUGAUGAGAAUCUAUAGGGAGACUUUAAUGGGGAUAGAGUGCAAUUUAUACCAAGAGAAUCAACUAUGAUGGACAAUACCAGGGAAGGUUGUCCAGCAUUCUCUGGUAGUAAAACGCUGCCAGCAGAAUAGAAAGUUCAGCACUCAAUACCAACAGGGCUAUUGUAACCUUAAUAGGCGCAACUUUCUUCCACCCUUAGUGGGGAAGUUGGCAUGGAAUGGAAACUCUACCAUGCUAUUGUGCCCAUUGUCAAACUCUAACCGAGGAAGUGUGACUUGCAAUGCUGCAGUAUCUGGAACAGCUGUACCAUCUAUUGAGAAAAGUGACUUUCUUAAGCUGCAGAAUGGCAGUGAUAUCCGUGGUGUUGCUGUUGCUGGUGUUGAGGGAGAACCUGUUAGUCUCACAGAGCCCGUUGCAGAAGCAAUAGGAGCAGCUUUUGCUGCUUGGUUGCUGGAGAAAAAGAAACUUGAUGCCUCUAGAUCUUUGAAGAUUUCCAUUGGGCAUGAUUCACGAAUUUCUGCACAGAAGUUGCAGGAUGCCGUUUCUCGUGGACUUGCUCGAGCCGGGAUGGAUGUCAUCCAAUAUGGAUUAGCUUCAACCCCGGCUAUGUUCAAUAGCACCCUUACUGAAAAUAACGAAGCUUUGUGUCCAGUUGAUGGAUCCAUUAUGAUAACUGCAAGUCAUCUUCCCUACAAUAGAAAUGGGUUUAAAUUCUUUACAAAUGCUGGGGGUCUUGGAAAAGCGGACAUCAAGGACAUCUUGGAGCGUGCUGCAAGUGUAUACAAAACAUUCACCGAUGAAGAUUUAAAGAUUACUGUACCAAGAGCUUCGGUAUCUGUAAAAAGAGUGGAUUACAUGUCUGUUUAUGCAUCGAAUCUUGUAGCAACAGUUCGAAGAGCUGCCGGUAAUAUAGAUAAGCCCCUGGAGGGAUUCCAUAUAGUUGUUGAUGCUGGAAAUGGAGCCGGAGGGUUUUUCACUGGUAAAGUUCUUGAGCCAUUGGGUGCCAUUACUUCUGGAAGUCAGUUCUUAGAGCCAGAUGGUAUGUUCCCCAAUCACAUUCCUAACCCAGAGGAUAAGACAGCAAUGAAAGCUAUCACUCAGACUGUCCUAGAUAAUAAGGCCGAUCUGGGUAUCAUCUUUGAUACCGAUGUUGACAGAUCUGCUGCUGUGGAUUCACGUGGUCAAGAGUUUAAUAGAAAUCGUUUAAUUGCUCUAAUGUCUGCUAUUAUCUUGGAGGAGCAUCCCGGGACCACUAUUGUCACUGAUAGUGUGACUUCAGAUGGGCUGACGACAUUUAUUGAAAAGAAACUAGGAGGAAAACACCAUAGAUUCAAAAGAGGCUACAAGAAUGUCAUUGAUGAAGCUAUUCGGCUGAACUCUAUUGGUGAGGAGUCACAUUUGGCUAUUGAAACUAGUGGCCAUGGAGCUCUUAAGGAGAAUCACUGGCUUGAUGACGGUGCUUACCUCAUGGUUAAGCUACUGAAUAAGCUUGCAUCAGCUAGAGCAUCUGGAGAAGGUGGUGGAAGCAAAGUCUUGACGGAUUUGGUGGAAGGUCUUGAGGAACCCGCUUUUUCUGUUGAACUGAGAUUAAAAAUUAAUCAGAACCAUCCAGAUCUUGAAGGAAGACCUUUCAGAGAGUAUGGAGAGACAGUUCUUAAAAAAUUGGAGAAUGCUGUCGACUUGGAUGCAAAGCUUCGGAAACCCCCUGUUAACUAUGAAGGGGUUAGAGUCUCCGGUUAUGGUGGGUGGUUCCUCUUGAGACUUUCACUUCAUGAUCCUGUUCUGCCUCUUAAUAUUGAGGCAGCUAGUCAUGAUGAUGCCGUGAAGCUUGGGCUUGCUGUUUUUAAUGCCGUGAAGGAAUUUACUGCACUCGAUAUUUCUGCGCUAUCUAAAUUCAUCCAAGUUUGAGUAAGCGAGUUCCUGCAGAUUUGUUCAUGGCUGGUAUGCUUCUGCAUCUUCGAUAUUUCUAGGAUAAUCGCAGAAAUGUUCUUUUGGUAAUGGCAGUCUGGGCAACAUGGUCAAUCAUUUGUCACACAAAAUAACAACACCAAUAAUGGAACAAAGGAUGUGACAACAUAUAUUACAGUUGUUUCUUGAAAUAUAAUGCUACAAUUUUGGUUGGUUCUGAAACAUUCUUAAUUUAAAUACUAGAAUACAGCUCAUUUAUACAUCAGACAAUGUGGAUGUUUGGAUUGUAUCUGCUUAUGAAAUCCAAA